CAAUGAAGCGAGAAACGUUUUUUCUUUUUCUGGCUGUUCAGGGCAGAGAAAAUAUGGACUUUCAUUGUGCUGGGGCCUGGGGCUGAGGAAGGGCUAAUAGUGCAGCUGUUUCAUAUGAGCAAGUGGGAACUUCCCGGAACAUAAAGGGAGAGGCCGACGAAGAGAAGGGAAAACAGAAACGAAAGUGAAAGCCAUGUGAUUGUAUAAAUACCAGAGAUCGCUCAGCACCGCCCGGACUUGCUAUUAAUUACUGCAGCUCAACCGACUGCUCUCACCGAUACUGCCGCCCACCUCUGUCCUCUCACCGGUCACUCUCUGUACUGUACCCCACAACCGGCACCAGACACACGGACCCGUAUCCGGAACUGCCGCUCUCACCCCACAGUCAGCAACACUGCCUUUUGCCUUUCACCUGCCACCUCUCAACCCACACAUUGGGUGUCAAUGCCUUAUCAUUAGUAUUAAAUAUUAUGUACCGAGCCUGAGCCCAACUCACCCUGGGCCCCUGGAACCUCUCUAGCGCACUCUUUAUUUAACAUGGACACUGACUGCUCCUACCAGUUCCCUGUGGCCCUUCAGUGGGAUCUGGGGCCAGAGAAGCUGAAAGAGCUGAAGAACAAGCUGCUUGUGUAUUUCCAGAGCAAGAGCAAGUCUAAUGGAGGGGAAUGUGCCAUCAAGGACCCCGACUGCACCCAGGGAUUUGUCCUCAUCCACUUCAGUAAAGAAACAGUGAGGGAUGCUGUUCUUAAAAAAGAGAGCCACAAUGUUAAUUUAUCAGGAGGCAAGAGGUUAAAGUUGGUUGUCUCAUUGCCCAAAGUGAAAGUACCUACCAGUAACCAGAAACCUCCAGCAGAAUGUGCUGAACCCUGUGAUCACCAAGUGCCAGUGGGACCCCCUUCUCUGGAUGUGAAUCCUGUGGCUGCAUCAACUGCAGGACUUUCUUCUAUGAAUGUAGACUCUGAGACACCACCCUCUGUGGCUCUGAUUGAAAACAUUUCAGACACCUGUACAAUGGAAAUGUUGAUCCUCCUGGUGGAGAAUAUCAGUGGGAAAUAUGUCAGCACCGACUUUACCUUGGAGAUGAUCCCUGAGAUUAAAUCUGGAGUAGUCACUUUCAGCUGUAACGUUGAUUUUCCAAAUUUCAUCAGAGCCUUCCAUGAGAACCGUCGGGUGAAACAGAUGAAAAUGAGGGCAAAGCCACUGGAAGAGACUAGAAGUAUCCGGGCUGAGAAUUUGCCCCCUAACACAUCUGAUGAUCACCUUAUUAUUUACUUUGAGUGCCCACGGUUUGGAGGGGGGGCAGUAAAUGAAGUGGAACUAAUACCAGAAGAGGAUGCUGCCAUAAUAACAUUUGCUGAUAAGCAAGUUACCAGAAAGGUGUUGGAGAAACAGCAUGUAUUUGGGAAGAAGCCAAUAUUGGUAUAUCCAUACUAUGAGUCCCUGGGUGUAACACUAUAUGGGGAGAAUGGACCUUGUAUAACAUUACCCAAACCCCUGGAGUUUCCAGUCAGUCCAUAUAUACUGGAAUUCAUCCUGGGACAUCCACAGAUAAAAGACAAUGUAGAGAAAGAAAUGGCAGAUAAUUGUGAGCUCACAUGGCCAGAUCCAAAGUGCUCCAAUCCCACCAUUAAAAUCUCCAUUCCCAGCUCCAUAUCGUCUCAUCUCAGGACUAUGGUAAAGAUUGUACGAACAUGGAGCGAUCAGGCCUCUACAGAAUUUUCACUUAUUAUUUCCAAGUUCAAAGCUGCAGAGUACAAUGUGAAUCCAUCAGUUUGGGAAGCAAUCAAAGAAGAAGUCAGCAGCUCCAAAUAUGAGGGAGUCUUGGUCAAACCAGACCUUGCCAAACAGAAAGUCUUCCUUGCUGGACUCUCCAAGGAUAUUACUAAAUUAGAACAAACUUUCAGGGACCUGGUAGAAAAUACAUCUAGACGGAUUGAUAGAAUAAACCAAAGUAUGGAAGUGUGUGAGCCACUGGCACCUGCUCUUUAUGAAAUAAUGUUUAAUAGUGGCCAUAUAAACAACAUCCAGUCACAAUCACCAGAUCUCAGAAUGAAGUAUGAUGUCUCAAAUAGAAACCUCAAUCUCUAUGGUGUCAAAGAAGAAAUUCUCUCUGCCCAAUGUGAAAUACUUCAGAUAACACGACAACUGAAAUUUAAAUCCAUCCCACUGGAUCCCCAUAUCAUCAAUUUCUUGGGGCUUACUGACAAUGAUGAGUUGUCCUGUCUCCUUCUUACACGGUACAGUAUUAAUGCAAUGUUCAAUACUGAGGAUACAUCAGUCAAACUGACAGGAUUCUCCAUGAAGGAUCUGUCAGAGGCAGAAGAACAGAUGAGACGAGAAUUAGCCUGUAAGCAAUUUACUGUUGAAGACAAGAUGAUUAUCAAGGGCCCUGAGUGGAAGAGUCUUCAUACUCAUUUGUGUAAAUUAUUUAACUCAGAAAAAUGCACGAUUAUGAUUGAGGCGUUACCCCGAGGAGCAGAGAACCAGGUGGUUAUUGCUGGUCUGGCUUCCAGUGUAGGGAAUGCAGCUGAACAGGUCAAUGACUUUCUGGAGAGGAACACUCCUAUACAGAAGGAGAUUCAGGUUAAAUCUGUGGCUGUUAUACAGUUUAUUAGAGAAGAAAAGCAGGAUACUUUGAAUGAAAUAAAAAAGAAAAAUGUAAGUGUUACUUUGAAGAGGAAAUCUAUUGCCCUGAGGGGGUGCAGACUGUAUGUUCAUGAAGCCGUCAGUCUUAUAGAAAGGGUUCUUCCCUCACUACAUACUGAAGUUCUCAGAGUAAAUAAGCCUGGAGCCAAAAAGUUUUUUAUAGAGAAGGAAGAGAUUUUCAUUACUACAGCAAGGAGUAAAUACAAGUGUAUAAUAUAUCUACAAAAAGAAGGAGAAGAAGAUUUUACAGACAUUGACAUGAAUGUAAAUGAAGUGCCAAAGUGGCAAAUAGCGUUGCCAUGUGGAAUAACCAUUGCAGUCUACAAGGAUGACCUGACCCGUCACCAGGUUGAUGUUAUAGUUAAUGCAGCCAAUGAGGAUCUGAAGCACAUUGGGGGACUGGCUUUGGCUUUACUGAGAGCUGCAGGUCCUAAACUUCAAACGGAUUGUGACCAAAUAGUUAAAAGAAGUGGGAAAUUAUUAGCAGGCGAAGCAAAAAUUAGUGAUGGUGGCAAUUUGCCAUGCAAGCAGGUUAUACAUGCUGUUGGCCCCAGAUGGGAUCCGAGCUCACAAGUAAAAUGCGAGCGGCAGCUUCGUAAAGCAAUAACCAAUAGCUUAGAACUGGCUACAGAAAAUGGACACACUUCUAUUGCCAUCCCGGCAGUCAGUUCAGGAAUUUUUGGAUUCCCCAUGGAGCGCUGCAUUAAGAACAUUACUGAAACCAUCAAUCAGUUUUCAGAAGACUAUCAAGGAACAUCUUCCAUUAAAAGGAUUCACAUUGUGGACAUGGACGAUAGAAUAAUUUCAACAUUCAUUAAAUUGUUGAAAGUUGAAUUUGAAGAUAAAAAUGUACACGUGUCCCCUAAAAGUAAUGUUAAGGAGGAGGAGAAAUGGAGGCCAAACUCCAAACCAGAGGGAAUAAGAGAGCCACCCUGCCAGAUGAUAUAUGUCAAUGGGGUAGCCAUUAAAUUAAUCAAGGGAAACCUGCAAGAUGCUACAACAGAUGUUAUUGUGAACAGUAUUGGGAAGGACCUUGAUCUUGAUAGUGGAGGUGCCUCCAAAGCUAUAUUAUGCAAGGCUGGGAAGAAACUCCAGUACCUUCUAAAUGAAGAGUGCAAAGGAAAGCAAGUGCAAGAAGGUUCUGUAUUUGCAACGAAUGGAUGUGACUUGUCCUGCCAGAUGGUCCUUCAUGUCAUCACGCCACGCUGGAACCAAGGAAACAGUUCCGGAGAGAAGAUGUUAAGGGAGAUCAUUCAUAUUUGCCUCAGUAGCACAGAGAAGAAACAAAUGACUUCCAUAACAUUCCCAGCCAUUGGAACAGGAGCUUUAAGUUUUCCCAAGAAUCUGGUCGCUGCUUUAAUGUUUGAAGAAGUAGAGAAAUUCACUGGCAGCAAAAACGUUCAGUAUCUCCAAGAAGUCAACUUUGUGCUGCAUCCAAGCGAUAUGGACACUAAUAUGGCAUUUUUUGGUGUACUGAAAACAAGAAUGGGUACAAAUGGACCUCAAGUCAAUCCACCAACCAAGCCAGUUGCUUCAAAAAGUUCAGGUGCAGAGGUAUUUGGGUUGGUUGCUACACCAACUCUCGGUAUCCAUGAGAUGAAAAUUGGAUCGGUUACAUAUCAGGUGAAAACAGGAGAUAUCACCAAGGAGACCGCUGAUGUGAUUGUCAAUUCAUCCAAUGGAGACUUUACUCUCAGAACAGGCGUAUCCAAGGCAAUUCUGGAGGCAGCUGGGCAGAGUGUGGCAGAUGAAUGUGCCAAGCUUGGGUCCAUGCCCCACAGAGGGUUUAUCAUUACAGAUAAGGGGAAUUUACUCUGUAAGAAGAUCCUUCAUGUUUAUUGCCAUAGCUCACCGAGUGAAAUUAAAUCUUGUGUAUUGGCUGUGCUGCAGGAGUGCGAGAGAAUCCGGGUCACAUCUGUAGCAUUUCCUGCCAUUGGAUCAGGUGGGGGCAGUGUGCGACCCAUGGAUGUAGCUGAUGCCAUGCAGGAGGCGGUGAUAGCUUUUAUCAGCUCUAAAUCUCCCCAAUGCCUACAGAUGGUCAAAGUCGUUAUUUUCCAGGAGAAAAUGCUGCAGGAUUUCUACAAGUGCAUGAAAAACAAAGAGGGAACCAUUGUGCCCAAACAAACCUCUAUUUUGGGCAAGAUAUCAUCCUUUUUUGGUUCUUUAUUCUCAAAUUCUGGGGAGACAGAAGAACCUUCAGUGAUAGUGCUAAAGGAAAACAUUGAACCGGCUAUUUUUUUUCUUUGUGGAGAGGCAAGCGAUCAGGUGAAGGCGGCUAAAUUGUGGCUUGAGAAACUUAUACAACAGGAGCAGAGUGAGAACAUUAUCACUAAUGACUGGAUCUUGGAAUUUGAUGAACAGGAACAACAGAAAUUAUGUGAACUUCAGAAAAGAUCUCAAGUGUCAAUAAGUUUUGAAUCUCAGAGAUCCACCAUCAUAGUGUCCGGUCUCACUAGAGAUGUCUUUACUAUAUCCAAGGAAAUUCAAGACAUGAUAAAAAAGAUAAGUGAUAAGAAAACACGAGAGCGGGAAGCAGAUCUGUGCAGUAACCUGGUGGAAUGGCGGUACCAUAAUGGCAAUAGUUAUGUUCCAUUUGAUAAAAUGUCUAAUCUGGAUUUAGAAACAGCCAAGAGAGAGGGCCGACAAAGUCUCGGCAUCACAGUUGGGAGGGUUCAUUACACAGUUAACAUGGAGCUAAACUCUGCAUCAGAUCCUCAAGGAAAGACGAUGAAGAUUGAUCGAGCGCCUAAAAGUGGUGAGUCCAUGGAAUUACCACCCCACUGGGAAGAUAUGAAGAAUGAGCAUGUGAAAGUUGUUCCGUUAAAUUCUGGGUCUCCCGAAUACAAUGAUGUGCAAAGUCAGUUUGUGAAGUCCUGCGCAAUGAAAAUUAUUAAGAUUGAGAGGAUACAAAACAAACACCUCUGGUUAAAUUAUCAAAUCAAAAAGCAGAGUAUAGAUGCUAAGAACAACUCAACAAACAAUGAUAUGCAACUGUUCCAUGGCUCAGACCCCAACACAAUACAGAACGUCAAUCAAAAUGGAUUCAACCGAAGUUACGCAGGGAGGAAUGCUGCUUGUUAUGGAAAUGGGACAUACUUUGCAGUGGACGCCCUUUACUCCGCACAUGACACAUACUCCAAGCCAGACCAAUUGGGACAGAAACACAUGUACCUGGCGCGGGUCCUCACGGGUAUCUCUUGUGUUGGCCAACGGGGGAUGGUCGCACCUCCUGCCAAGAAUGCAUCAAAUCCAACAGAUCUAUACGACAGCGUGACAGAUAACAAAAGCAAUCCUGCAAUGUUUGUCAUAUUCAAUGAUAUUCAGGCCUAUCCUGAGUAUCUUAUUACCUUUACAAAAUGAUUUGCUUGUUAAUUAGAGCCCCCAGUCAAAAAAAAUAACACCCUGUGGCCUCAACAUC